ACUAGUGGGUGCUUAGCUAUUUAGACUGGAGUGGACUGGAUAAGACAGUUCCUCCUUCAAGAUUAAAAGGGAAACGAUCUGUCUAGUAGUGUCUACCCGCCCCCUCACAGUGACUCAGCACAUACUGUGACAACUGUGAUUAACCGUGAUAUCAGCAGGUAACAUGUCCAUGUUCAGCACGGGCAUCCUUGUGCUGACGUCUCCUCUUCACACCCUCCCCUUGCGCAUCGCUCCAGUGCUCAGCUCGGCUGCUCAGCUCGUAGAGCGCACGCUGUACGUCCACCUCCACCCCGGACUCAACCUGGGAAGCGGGACUCAACCUCGACCAGUUUUCAUUCCACCCGUAGUGGACCUGUCCUUGCUCAUUACCCGCCUUUACAGUAACGCAGCUGAUAUAUGUGGCCACCUGGAUGUUCGUGUUUUGCUGACUAAUGUCCGCGCUCAGCCGGCUGCCUACGGCGGAACCACCAUCCCAAACUGCCCCUUCCCCACACCACAGUCUCUGUCUCACUCCCCGGAGGUGGUGCUAACAGACUUUGCUCUGCAGGACCCAGGUCAGUCCCCUCAGGUCACACAGUGUCUGCAGAGGUACACAGGCCACUGCUACGUCUGCAGCCCGAGCCUCCCCUCAGUGCUGCUUCACCCACAGCUAAUGAAGCUGCAGCAGGAAGAGGAAUCGCUGAAAGAGCCUGAAGAAAAAGCAAAACCCUUAGAGACCUACAGUGACGUGGUGGUAGGGGGGACGUUUGACCCUCAUGGGGCCCACAAGACGCUGCUCAACAUCUCAUGCCUGCUAGCAAACAGACGGUUCCUCAUUGGUGUGUGUGACCAAGCAAUGCUGAAAAAAAAGGUGCUAAAGGAGCUGGUGGAGCCAUACUCUCUGCGCACCCAGAGACUACAGGAGUUCCUGAAAGACGUCAAACCCUCGCUGCAGGUGGAGAUCCUUCUUGACGACCCCUAUGGUGUGUCUGUGGUUGACCCCUUGCUGCAGUGCAUUGUGGUUAGCGAGGAGACCAGGAAGGGAGGCGAGGCUGUCAACAAGAAACGCAUUGAGAAUGGCCUUCCGGUUCUCAUCCUCCACGAAAUCCAGCUGCUUAAAGACGCCCACCACACUGAGACGGAGGAGGAGAAGAUCAGCUCCUCCAGUCUGCGCUCUCGUCUUCUGGGCACCCUGCUUACGCCACCUAAAGACAUGUCCCAUCUUGCUCCACUUCCAUAUGUGAUUGGCCUGACAGGAGGCAGCGGCAGUGGAAAGAGCUCCAUCGCCAGGCAGCUGGAGGCUUUGGGUGCCGUCCGGAUUGACUGCGACAAGUUGGGACACGAGGUGUACCAGCCAGGCACUGCAGCCUAUCACAGAGUGCUCCAAGAAUUUGGGUCAGAUCUUCAGAACGAGGAUAAAACCAUCAACAGACGUGCAUUAGGAAGGAAGGUUUUUGGAAACCAGGAGCGCUUAAAAGCCCUGACAGACAUUGUUUGGCCUGAGAUUGCACUUUUGGUGAAGGAAAGAAUCAGCCAAGCCAGAGAGGAAGGUAAACAGGUUUGUGUGUUGGAUGCAGCAGUUCUUCUGGAGGCCGGCUGGACAGACAUGGUCCACGAGGUCUGGGUCACCGUCAUCCCUGAGGAGGAGGCCGUGUUAAGGAUAACAGAGCGUGACGGUGUGACAGCAGAGGACGCCCUGCGCCGGCUGCAGAGCCAGUGGUCCAACAGCAAGCAAGUGGAGCACGCCAAUGUGGUGCUCAGCACACUGUGGGAGCCAGAGGUCACUCGGAAACAGGUACUGAAAGCUUGGAAUCUCCUUCAGAAGAGAAUCCGACAGAGGCAAGAGGGAAAUGUGUGUGUAACUACAUCAUCUCAUCUGUGAAGCUUGCAUACAGGCAAGUUUCAGGCUCAGAGACAGGUGCGCACAAAUGACUGAGCCACAUAAAGAAAUGCUGCCUUAGAAAGAAGCGAGAACGGUGUCUGUGCCAUCGCAGCAAACCCAACGAGCACUCUCACUUCUUUGACCAAGACUCAGUGCCUAAUCGACUUUCCACAGGUUUUUUAAAUUUUAGUUUUAUUUUUAGGAUGCUGAGUUGAAAGAUGGUUGGACGGAUGAGGAAAAAAAGAGACCUUCAUUAAUGAUCCCCAACAAAAUGAAUUUGGAACUUGAAAGCUGGAAUCGUGUUUGGGAUCAAUAAAGUUUUAUAUAUUAUCCGAAGAAUUGUAGGUCUGUUUUCAUCCAAAGAUUUGCUUUUAAUAGGUAUGGUCAAAUGACAUGCCCAACAAUCAGCAUCCCAGAUCAAUUUCAACACCAAACCUCUCAGCAAAGUCUAACAUUGUGGAGACUUUGUCUGCUGAUGACACUUUACAAGUUCUGUCCUCUUUCUAUUUCCUUUAAGUAUAUUAAAUGUGAAUGUAGCUUAGAAAAGCAACUCAUGGUAAGGGAUAACAUAUUGAAAGUUUGUAUGAUUGUCAAAUCAUAGCAUUAUUUAUCUUAACGGUUUCAAGGUUGGGAGAAUAUUUUUAACAAGUUCGCUACCACUAACGCAUGAGGAAAUAUGUGCAAUAGGUUAGGAUAUUUUGUAAUAUUCUAAAUAUAGUUGCUAUGCUAAAAUACACUGGGCACUGAAAAUGACUGAUACAAUCAAUGAAAUGGUAUAUUGACUGAUUGGAUGGAGAAGGUACCUGGGGAAAAAAGCAAAACUGAACAGCAGUGUAACUAAAAUAUGUUUAGCUUGUUGUAACUUUCAUGUUGUCAGAUCCUACAAUGAAAUUAUAACAAAUGUUUACAUGCUUCAUUGCUUUAGCAAUACCUUCUAUAUUUCAAGAACUUUCCAGUGAAAUCAGAGAAGUGUCAUUUGCUCACAAAGUUAGUGAGAAAUAUCAGACAUCUGAUUUCAUCGUCUUGCAUGUCAUCUGGAAUCUCAGUGGCACACCUAAAUUGGUGCAACAUUAAACAAAAUGUUUUCAACCCAAA